GCUAGCCGGCACACACAUACACGCACAGGAGAGAGGGAGGAGAAACCACUGUCAGGUAGGACACAGAUGUGAGGACAUGAAAGGGGUUAUUGUCUGAAAAUAAGGUAUGUAUUGCCAUUCCAUUCUUCCAUCUUGUCAUUCCUCUCUUGUCCUCCCCUCUCCCCCCUCUCUUUCCCUCUUUCUCUCUCGCCCCUCUCUGUCACAAACACUGUUUUCUCUGGCGUUUCUCCCCUCAGUAGACAGACAAAGAAAGGGAAGGAAUGGCUCAGUAGAGAAGGCAGAGAGGAAGAGAGAGAGAAGCGAGAGUGAGGAUUGCCCUGCCCCCUUUGACCAACCAGUCGGAUUUCAUUUAUUUUUGCCUUCCUUUCUCUGGCCACUCCCAUAACGCCUCAUCACAUCUCCUAUUCCAGCCCCAUUCAACAAGACUGAUUCCUGUCUACCUCACUCCUUCUCUCAUUCUAUCUCUCCACAUGUAUGCCUCUCUCUCUCUCUCUCUCUCUCUCUCUCUCUCUCUCUCUCUCUCUCUCUCUCGCUCUCUCUCUCUCUCUCUCUCUCUCUCUCUCUCUCUCCACAUGUCUGCCUCUCUCUCUCCACAUGUAUGCCUCUCUCGCUCUCUCUCUCUCUCUCUCUCUCUCUCUCUCUCUCUCUCUCUCCACAUGUCUGUCUUUCUCUCUCUCCACAUGUCUGCCUCUCUCUCUCUCCACGUCUGCCUCUCUCUCUCUACAUGUCUGCCUCUCUCUCUCCACAUGUAUGCCUCUCUCUCUCUCUCUCUCUCUCCACAUGUCUGUCUCUCUCUCUCUCUCUCUACAUGUCUCUCUCUCUCUCUCUCCACAUGUAUGCCUCUCUCUCUCUCUCUCUACAUGUCUGCCUCUCUCUCUCCACAUGUAUGCCUCUCUCUCUCUCUCCACAUGUCUGUCUCUCACUCUCUCUCUCUCUCUCUCCACAUGUCUGUCUCUCUCUCUCUCCACAUGUCUGCCUCUCUCUCUCCACAUGUCUGCCUCUCUCUCUCUCUCUCUCUACAUGUCUGCCUCUCACUCUCUCUCUCUCUCUCUCCACAUGUCUGUCUCUCUCUCUCUCCACAUGUCUGCCUCUCUCUCUCCACAUGUCUGCCUCUCUCUCUCCACAUGUAUGCCUCUCUCUCUCGCUCCACAUGUCUGUCUCUCACUCUCUCUCUCUCUCUCUCCACAUGUCUGUCUCUCUCUCUCUCCACAUGUCUGCCUCUCUCUCUCCACAUGUAUGCCUCUCUCUCUCUCUCUCUCUACAUGUCUGCCUCUCACUCUCUCUCCACAUGUCUGUCUCUCACUCUCUCUCUCUCUCUCUCCACAUGUCUGUCUCUCUCUCUCUCCACAUGUCUGCCUCUCUCUCUCCACAUGUCUGCCUCUCUCUCUCUCCACAUGUAUGCCUCUCUCUCUCUCUCUCCACAUGUCUGCCUCUCUCUCUCCACAUGUAUGCCUCUCUCUCUCUCUCUCUCUACAUGUCUGCCUCUCACUCUCUCUCCACAUGUCUGUCUCUCACUCUCUCUCUCUCUCUCUCCACAUGUCUGUCUCUCUCUCUCUCCACAUGUCUGCCUCUCUCUCUCCACAUGUCUGCCUCUCUCUCUCUCCACAUGUAUGCCUCUCUCUCUCUCUCUCCACAUGUCUGUCUCUCUCUCUCUCCACAUGUCUGCCUCUCUCUCUCCACAUGUCUGCCUCUCUCUAUCCACAUGUAUGCCUCUCUCUCUCUCUCUCUCCACAUGUCUGUCUCUCUCUCUCUCCACAUGUCUGCCUCUCUCUCUCCACAUGUCUGCCUCUCUCUAUCCACAUGUAUGCCUCUCUCUCUCUCUCUCUCCACAUGUCUGUCUUUCUCUCUCUCCACAUGUCUGCCUCUCUCUCUCUCCACAUGUCUGCCUCUCUCUAUCCACAUGUAUGCCUCUCUCUCUCCACAUGUAUGCCUCUCUCUCUCUCUCUCUCCACAUGUAUGCCUCUCUCUCUCUCUCUCUACAUGUCUCUCUCUCUCUCUCCACAUGUAUGCCUCUCUCUCUCUCUCUCUCCACAUGUCUGCCUCUCUCUCUCCACAUGUAUGCCUCUCUCGCUCUCUCUCUCUCUCUCUCUCUCUCUCUCUCUCUCUCUCUCUCUCUCUCUCCACAUGUCUGUCUUUCUCUCUCUCCACAUGUCUGCCUCUCUCUCUCUCCACGUCUGCCUCUCUCUCUCUACAUGUCUGCCUCUCUCUCUCCACAUGUAUGCCUCUCUCUCUCUCUCUCUCCACAUGUCUGUCUCUCUCUCUCUCUCUCUACAUGUCUCUCUCUCUCUCUCUCCACAUGUAUGCCUCUCUCUCUCUCUCUCUACAUGUCUGCCUCUCUCUCUCCACAUGUAUGCCUCUCUCUCUCUCUCUCCACAUGUCUGUCUCUCUCUAUCCACAUGUCUGUCUCUCUCUCUACAUGUCUGCCUCUCUCACUCUCUCUCUCGUCCUGUAUCCUUGGCAACAAAUGAUAUAAUUUACCCCAGAGUCAAGAUCAAGACUCUGCCUUACAGAGACACCUUUCCUUCACUGUGUGCUUGUGUGUGUGUGUGUGUGUGUGUGUGUGUGUGUGUGUGUGUGUGUGUGUGUGUCUGUGAGGGCUGCACCUGACUGUCUGCAUCCCUCUGCUAUUUGUGUGUGUGUGUGUGUGUGUGUGUGUGUGUGUGUGUGUGUGUGUGUGUGUGUGUGUGUGUGUGUGUGUGUACAUUUGUGUAUGUUUGUGCAUGCAUACACCAGUUUCUAGGGAAAUUAAAGCAUAAGGAAGGUUUGUAUGCUCUGGCGUCUGACUUGUUUUUCAAUUAGCAUGUGGAUUUGAGUGCAGAGGGAGUGUGAUUGUGCAUCUUUCUGACACUCUCUCUCUGUGUGUGUGUGUGUGUGUGUGUGUGUGUGUGUGUGUGUGUGUGUGUGUGUGUGUGUGUGUGUGUGUGUGUGUGUGUGUGUGUGUGUGUGUGUGUGUGUGUGUGUGUGUGUGUGUGUGUGUGUAAAUGGCCCUUGAGAUAUAUGAGUGUCAAUGUUAUUAUGACAUUCCCAUUAUUAUUACCCAUUCAUUAGUUCAGAUGUCGUUAUGUGGGUUGUGUUAUGUGGGUUGUGUUAUGUGGGUUAUGAAAAGGGAAAAACAUCUAAAAUCUGUUAUUAAUUGCAUCUCUUUUUAACAUCUGGAAAGAUAAACAUCUAAGAGGAUAAGUCGCCUCUAAACUGUGAUGUGGGCCUUUAGAUGUUUAUAAAGAACUGAAGAUCCCCCGCUGCUGCAAGAAGCCCUGCUCCACUGACUUAUUAUUCAAUCACACUACUAAACAAGUUACAUUCCUUUCCUGAAUAACCUUGUUCUUAGUCAACUCCUCCUCCUCCACUAUCUAUAUUUUCCCUCUCCUCCAUCCCUUCCCUUCUCUCCUCUCUUCCUAUCUCCUCUCUCAAGUCAGGUGCCAGCUCCAGGGGUGAGACUGACCCUCCCACUCCUUCAGAAUGAGUUUAUACUAGAAGACAUGUUGGCCUCAGUGACCAACCAGCCAUGGUGCAGAAUAACACUGAGCACAAUAGACAUCUGCCAAUGGAAGUCAUAUGCUUACAAUUCUCCUAUUUUAGUUGCCUCAAUAGACAAUAGUCUCAAAGUUUGCAAAAAUGUUGAGGUUAAAGCAAAAUGUCUUUGCACUAUCAAACCCUGGCUUUGAACUUUUCUGUAAAUGACUCAAGAACAGUAGUGUCCCUCAACCAAAGAGGCAGAGACAACUGAUUCUAAUACAGCAACAAUCCUCACCAUGUUACGCUACACUGACACACUGAACAAUGUGUUUGUAUCAGCCUGCUGGUGGCAUAGCAACCCAAUGCAGAUGUGUUCCCUCUGUGUGGGUGAACAUGGCGGAGCCUCUACAGUCAGUGCAGGAAUCACAAUGAUACUAUCUUAUAUGGGGGGAUGAGCUGCACCACCACACCACACCUGGCUCUGAUCACACCUACACAAAUAGAACAAAGUGAAAGAGAGGGAACUGGGAAAGUGAGGGCUUUCUCUUCUCAGUACUUAGGGUCGCAACAUUCUGGUAACGUUCUCAAAUUGCCCAGGUUUUCCAGAUAUCCUGGUUGUAGGAUUUCCUGCUGAUCGGGAAUCUUCCAACUGGGAUUUCUGAAAAACCUGGGAAUUUUGGAAAAUGUACUGAAAUUUUGUACCCCUACUUCUCAGUCAGACCUAUAAUACAUAACUACACAAUUCACCCUGAAAUACAGACGGACAUGGUAGCAAACAGACAAACUGACACAUACACCUUCAACACCACAAACACUGAUGUGUAUGUAGCCUACUGUAGGUAAUCCAUGUUUUUAAGACAAUGUAAAGGCUGAUGCUGACCUGAGUUGACACAAAGCAGAAAGCAUGAGAUGAAUAUAAAUUGCUUUUCUAAAAAUAACUUUCUACAGCUUUGCUCUCUGUCCCCUUCUUUCCCACAUCUACCUUCUCCUUCUCUCCAAAAUGGAGGCUUCUUCCUCUGUAUGCUCCAGAAAGCACAGACCUCAGAGGGGUACUGGAAUGUACCACUGCAGGCUUGGAACAGGGGGGACGGAGGCUCUAACACCAGACUGAUCCACGUGCAGAGACCAGAGGGGCGGGGCCACACACCGCCAUUUAAUUCACACCAGCCAAUGAGGAAGGAGG